AUGGGUGUACCGCGCCACGUCCCAAACUCUACUGAGAACAGAACGCCUUUAUCCUAUGACAACGCACAUAUACAGAAAAUUCCAACGAAGGAGGAUGUGACAGCCAGGCCAUCAGUCGCACCCACUUUCACUUUUCCAACUCUUCACUAUUUCAACAGAACUCACGAACGCACCGACUCGUACAGCGAUCGCGAUAGGGCAGUUAUACAUAAAAGAUUUCAAGACUUGUUUAAUGACACAAACUUGCUUAACAGGGACUUCCCGUGGCUUUCUUCUACGAACCUGACCAACGAUUACUCCUCUCUGCUCCAAAUUCCAUUACCGACCAAGAUAAAAGUGGUGAUGAUGAAAACACCCACAUGGAAGUACUGUCUGUCAGCACCCACAAUUGUUUGCUGUAUCCUAGUUGUACUUAAAAUAAUUUCGUGUUAUUAUCGUGUACAAAGAAUAGUGAACAACUCCAGAAGACAGUCUUCAGAUGAGGAAAGAAGACCGAGUGUUUUUGACACAGAUCCGCAACAAACGAACGAAACUGGCCCUCCACCUAACCCUCCACCUGUCCCUACACCAACAUCACCAAUCAUAAUCGAUCCAGAAUUUUCUACCCAGAAUAAUUUCCAUUCCGAUCUACCACCUUUGUACUCGCAGUGUGCAGUUGGAGGUGGCAAUAAAAUAGUUGAUAACACCUCCGAGGACCUACCACCUCCGUAUUCCACAUGCAUCGAUACAUUGAACGCUACAAAUGACAUACCGAAGGUACAUAAAGGACAGAGUGUGGAAGAACAGUCAUGUACUGAAACAGAUAUACAUCUCAACAACUUACAUACCACACACAGAAAUAACCCUGAACAAUUAGAUAGCAACACAAGGCCUUUAAAUAGAACAAUUGAAACAGCGAUAGACAUUGAUGAGUUUAAUAUUAAUCUUAUUGCAAAUACUAAUGAAACAGAUGAAGAAAAUGCUGCAAAAAUUCUACCGAGGCCGAGUAGCUAA